AUGAAUAGUAUUAUCUCGUGGCGGUUCGGAGGCAGGCCUGCAACGAAUCACAGGAGACAACUGACAAAUAGCCCGGCAGGUCAGCAGCACGUACCUGAAUAUCUACGCGUAGACUCGCUCAGAACUCAUGAUAUCUUCGAGAUCACUGUAAGCGAUCUUGCUCAAAGUUUUGAGCGUCAGGUCUUCUCGAUUGUUGAAUAUACUGAGUUUUGCAUUCGUCGAAUAUCAGUACUGAACCCUUACCUCGAGGCUGUCAUCAAGAUCAAUCCUGAUGCGCUAACGAUAGCGAAGGCGUUAGACGAUGAACGGGUGUCCGGGAGACCUCUUGGUUCUCUACAUGGUGCAUUGCUCGGAAACGUUGUCCCUAAUGACGCUUUCACGGCGUCGAUGCUUCGCAAGGCAGGCGCAGUUAUCAUUGGCCAUGCUAAUAUGAGCGAAUGGGCGUCUUGUAGGUCCAAGUUAUACUCGACAGGCUACAGCCCACGUGGAGGUCAAACGAGAAACCCAUACGACCUCCGGAAGGGUCCUUUCGGUUCUAGCUCCGGGUCUGCUGUCGCCGUUGCUGCAAACCUGCUUCCCCUAGCAUUUGGUACCGAGACAGACACGUCCAUAAUCGGCCCUGCCAGCAUCAAUGGUGUUGUUGGUAUCAAGCCAACCGUUGGCUUGACUUCGCGCACGGGUGUUAUCCCCAUCAGCGAGAAUAUGGGCUCAGUGGGCAGCUUUGGAAGGACCGUUGCUGACGCUGCUGCUGGACUGGAUGCUAUCUGUGGAGCUGAUCCGGAGGACCCGUUUACACAAUCCCCGGACAGGAGACAAAACAGCCCGUAUUCGCGCUUCCUGUCGACAUCUGAUGUGCUGAAGGGUGCUCGAUUUGGACGUCCUUACAAGAAGUGCUGGAAGCUCACACCUCAGUGCUGCAAGUUCGUGGCCUUGGAACUCUUCGAAGCACUCGAGGAAGCUGGUGCAGAAAUCAUAGACGUGGAACUCCCUAGGACACUGGGACAGGGAAUACGGCCUACCAGACACGUCAGACUGGACAGCACCGAAGGGCCCUCCCCGAAUACCCUCCCGGCCUUCCCAAGCGGCCAGGACAACCUCCUUAAAAUCAUCCAAUCGCACGGGCUCAAAGACGAGACCUACCAUUCCGCCCUAGCACAUAUCCACAAACAGACACGUGAGAAUGGUCUUGACGCCGCACUAUCAGGGUACGAUGCAUUGAUGUUCUGCGACCGAAAGGGGGUGGGUCAGCAGUACGCCGCGCAAGCUGGAUACCCUGUUAUCUGUAUCCCUAUCGGUCUGGACGAUAACGGCAUGCCGGUUUCCAUAUCUGUCCAGCACAGCGCGUGGAAAGAAGCGGAGCUAGUCAAGUGGUCCAGUGCGAACUGUCUUCGAGGAGAUAUAUCUACAAUCGGUUUUCAAAGAGACAAGAUAAGGUGGAACGCGGCUGAGGCAAUGAUGCUUAAAAACGGGAUACCAGUUGUUUGA